UGGGAAAGCUCCCGUGCUGUGUCUCUCCUACCUGCCCGACAUCCUGGUCACGGGGACCUACGACAAGAAGGUGACGGUGUACGACCCGCGAGCUGCCCAGGCCCCGUUGAAGAGCCGCAAGCUCCACUCCAGCGCCGUCCUGUCCCUCGUGGCCGAUGAGCGCUUCAUCAUCUCAGGCAGCGAGGACCGGACGCUGGUCGUCUUCGACCGACGGGCCAACAGCGUCCUCCAGAGGCUGCAGCUGGACUCCUACCUGCUCUCCAUGUCCUACCAGGGGACGCAGCUGUGGGCCGGGGACAACCAGGGGCUGCUCUAUGUCUUUGAAAACCGAGGAGGCUGCUUCCAGCACAUCCGGUACUUCGACGUGGGUCACCGGUCCCAGAUCACUGGGGUCUGGCACUCCCUGGGCACUCUGUACACGACCUCCACUGACAAGACCCUGCGGAUACACAUUCCGACGGACCCGCCUCGCACUGUCUGUUCACAGUCGCACAACAACGUGCUGAACGGGAUCAGCGCCGAAGGCAACAUUGUAGUAGCUGCCUCCGGGGGCCUGUCCUUGGAAAUCUGGAGGCUCAAUGCCUGAUGGAGGCCUGGAUCCGCGGAGCCACGUCUUGCAGCUGCGGCCCCCGGCGCCCGGGGGGGAGGGGCCAGAGUUCCAGCCCCUGUUUGUCAUUCGUUUGUUCGUUGUCGUUUUGGAAGAGGCCCGAGGAGCCAGGAGGUCAAAGCGUCCCUGCCUGAGCUCGCCCUGGCCCUGCUGUUCGUUCCCAGAGCGGUUCCAGGGGGAUCAGAGCCCGGCCGGCCCUUUCCUGCUCGAUGCACUGACUUCGCUCUCUCUGGUUCCCAUUCUCCCACCCGCUGGGCUCCUUAGUUAUCACGCCCCGGCCUGCCUGCCCGGCGGCCUCUGCUACUUAUCGGUCUGCCUCCCGCCUGCUUCCCCACAGCGCUCUCAGAGCCAGGUCCCAGCGCGGGAGGGGACGGCCCUAAGGGCUCAGAACCAUCCAACCCGGCUCCGCGCAGCCCGGGGGCGCUCGCCGCAAGGGCUGACCAGCUCGAAACAGAGUCCAGAGCUGCCUUGUAACUUACAGGGACGCAGGUGAGACGCACGUUCUAAUGUUGUUGAUUAAACUGUUCUGCCAGACAGGAUCUGA